AUGGGGCCCCCAUUCCCGUGCACGGUCCUCCUGUGGCUCCCAGGCUUCCUGGCCGAGGAAGACAAGUGCCCCUCCCUGGAAGGGGGUCCGCUCGGGGAGAGUGGAGAGCAGCCACUCCGGGCCCACACCAACGCGUCCAGCUUUGAGUUCCAGGACCUGGUGCCGGGAAGUUGCUAUCAGCUGGAGGACCUGCAGCUCCGUAGCUUGGGGAGCCCGUCCCACCUGGAGGCCUCGGGCGCUGCCCCCGGGGGGCAGAAUGGCUACCAGAUUCUCUUCUACCACCUGGAGUCGCAGACAUUGGCUCACAAUGUGUCCGCGUUCCCGGGCACCCUGUCCGACAAUUCUAGUGACCUCUUACCCGGCAGCGAGCACGCUCUGGAGGUUCCCACCUGGGCUGCCGACCUCCAAGCGAAGCCCAGCAUCUAUCAGUGGACAGCGCCUGUGCCUCCAGCUCUGCGUGCGCCAGGUGCCAGUGCCCUGCAGGCCUCCUGGAAUGACUCGGGCGCCGCCGGGCUGCGUCUCACGCUCACAGACCUCCUUGGCGGCUCCAACCUGACGGCGGGGGUCACACGGGGCAUCUCCAGUCACACCUUCGCUCGCCUCUCUCCGGGAGCCCCCUGUGAGCUGACACUCAGCACUGUUGCCAUCUGGCGGGGGCCCAACGCCACCGAGUGGACCCAUCCCUCAGUCCCCCUGGACCUGGUACUCGCUCCCCGGCCCCCAGAGCUCUGGGCCACCUGGAAGGCAGGGCCGGGGGCCCGGGAUGGCUACCUGCUCAGGCUAAGUGGACCGGUGGAGAAGACCAUCACGCUGGGCCCUAAUGCCACGUUCCCGGGGCCCCUGCCCGCUGGACACUAUGCUCUAGAGCUGAGGGGUCUGGCCGGGCCCUAUGACCGCCGGAAAGGCAAUGGUACUGAGCUGCCCCUGGACGGGCUGGAGGCCGGCAGGGAUCCUGGGACCCAGGUACUGCCCUACACCCAGGGAGCCCCCAGCCUCCUCAGAAACAUCGCUGGGCCACCUGGUGCCACCCAGGUCACUCUCCAGGGACCUGGGGCCCACUCAGGGGACAGUGGACACUGUCCCCUCUCCAGGCAACACCCCCUGAGCACCAUAAGUCACACAGCACCAGGGCAGCGGGAAGCCUACAGGGUCGGCUGGUGCCAGGAGGGCAGCCAGAGCUCUCUGGGCGGUCUUGUCGCCUUGGGCCCCGAUACUUCCGGCCUGACGCUGAGGGGCCCCGUGCCCGGCUCCUGCUACACCAUGUGGGUGUGGGCGUGGGCAGAGGGCCAGCGCCUGCCCCCCCCCCUGCCCUGCGGGCUGUCUGCAGCACCCCCCACCCCCGUCGGGGGCAGGGACGGCUUCCUCCUGUGGCUGUACCGCCUGAGCCCCCUGGCUCUGGAGGGGGCUGGACAAGAGCAGCGGCACCAGUGCCGCAGGCUGGACACGCCCCCCCAGCCCCGGGCAUCCUGGGUCCACACGCCGUGGGGCCGGGACGGCUACCGGGGGACCCUGUACCAGGCAGGCGUCCCGGUGGGCUCCAGCCCCGUGGGGGCCCAGCUGGAUGGUGCCAGUCUCUCAGCUCUGACUCCGGGCACUGAGUACGAGGUGCAGGUGGUCGCACAGGCCGGGCCCCUCCGUGUGGCAACAGCCGGCGCCCCCGGCUGGGCCUCCCCACUGGUGCCCACCAAGCUGCUGGUGUCCAUGCAGGCGGGCAGUGCUGUGGUCAGCCUGGCCUGGGCCAGCGGCCGCCUGGGGCACGGAGUGUGCCACACACCUGGACUCAACCUCUCCCUGUCCGUGCUCUGCCCGGCGGGGCCGCUCCAGGCCUCCACGCACCUGGUGCUGCUGCCCGUGGAGCCCGACCCAGUGGAGGACGUGCAGUGCCAGCCCAAGGUCGCCCGCCUGGCCCUGGCCUGGAUGGUGCCCAAGGGGGACGUGGACACGUGUCCGGUGGUGGCGGAGCAGCUGGCAGCAGGAGGGGACGCCCACCUCGUCUUCCAGGCCAGCACCUCUGGGGAUGCCCUCCUGCUGUCCCGCCUGGAGCCCGCCACGUCCUACCGCCUCAGCCUCUCCGUGCGGGGCAGGAACGGCCUGUGGAGCCGGGAAGUCACCGUGGUGUGUGCCACUGCUGCCGAGGCCUGGCACCCCCCCACCCCCGAGCUGGCCGGCCCCCAGCUGGAGCCUGAGAUGGAGAUGGACGCGCUGAUAUCCCGGGGCAUGUUUGGCGAGGACGACGGGCAGAUCCAGUACUAUGGCGUCACCGCCACCACUAAUGUGCCGCUGGCACGGCCUCCCUGUGACGCCAUCAACCACACCUGGUACGACCAACACUACGGGGGACGUGACGCCUACCUGGCCGCCCUGCUCCCCAGCCCCUUCUACCCGGGGCCCUGGGCCGUGCCGACGUCCUGGAUGGUGCCUGUGGGAACAGAGGACUGUGGCCAGACCCAGGACGUUUGUAAUGGGCAGCUCAGGCCGGGUUCCCGCUAUCGGUUCAGCGUUGCAGCCUUUACCAGGUACAGCUCUGAGCCCCUCAUCUCCUUCUCAGCCUUCUCAGAGCUGGGAGCCCCAGAGCCAGCGAAGGAGGUGCUCCUGGUGGCAGCCCUGACCUGGGUGCUCAGUAGAGUAGCCCAGGGCACGUGGCGACCGUACUGGACGGAGCAGCUCCAGAAGGGUGGUCCCCCCGGCAGCCUUCUCUGGCCUCGGUUCGGCAUCUGGGACUUCCUUCUGCAGGAGCCCCUCCCAGCAGCGGUGGGUGUCGCAGCUGGCGGUGGCCUUGCGCUUGGCGCCUUGCUGGGCCUGCUGUGCUGGAGGUCGGAGAAGAACCUGUGCUCCCAGGAGCUGGUCAACCUGCGGGGCCCCCGGCUCCUCCCAGGCCCUCAGCCUCUGCCUCCAGACUCCCGUCCUCUCGGUCCCCGACUGACCACCUGGACGGUUGCGGGCCAAGUCGCUUCCGUCUCCUUCUUUCUCUCCGACGUUGGAUUUCGCAAUCUUCCCAAUAUCGCUACUGUUCUUCCUUCUCUCGGCCGCACCCUGAGCGGCGCUGCGAGCAGCUGUGCCCAGAGCCAUCCUCAGGACCCGGGGUCGGGGCCUCAGACACUCAUGCCCACCUCCUCCGAGUGUGGUCCUGUUUGCCCUGCCCCCUCUCUCUGGCCCCUACCGGCGCCCAGGGCAGGACUCUGCACACCAGGGCCGCCGCCUACUCUUCCCUCUUCCCCCAGGUGGACCCACGGGCCCAUCCCUGCCCACAGCUUCCGACAGGGCUACGAGGCCAAGAGCACCUGUGCCCACCGCUUUCAGGAGUUCGAGGUGAGGCCUCUGCCGCCCCCAGGCUCUGGGGGGCCCCAGCUGUGCACGACCCCGCCCCCGGUGUGGGGGUGACAUGGGUCUGCUUCGGCCCCCGUCUCUGCACCCUGCCGACACCACGAGAACCGCUACCCUCUCGUGCUGCCCUAUGACCACUGCCGGGUCAGGCUGACCCCGCUGGACGGAGAGCCUCACUCCAAUUACGUCAACACCAGCUUCAUCCACCAGCAGGGCUACACCCGCCCACAGGAGUUCAUCACCACCCAGGGGCUUCUGAAGAAGACCCUGGAGGACUUCUGGCAGCUGGCGUGGGAGCAGCAGGUCCGGGUCGUCGUCAUGCUGACGGUGGGCAUGGAGAGUGGGCGGGUGCUACGUGAGCACCACUGGCCAGCCGACUCCACCCCUGUCACCCACGGUCACAUCGUCCACCUCCUGGCCGAGGAGCCCGAGGACGAGUGGACCGCGCGGGACUUCCAGAUGCAGCACAUGCGUACCCGCGAGCGAGGGUGGACAGUGAAGCAGCUGCAGUUCGCCACCCGGCCAGACCACAGCGUCCCCGAGACCCCCAGCUCCCUGCUGGCCUUUGUGGACCCCGUUCGGGAGAGGAGCGGGGCCCGUCCUGCCCUGGGCCCUCUGACCCGCAGUGCAGGCGUGGGCCGCUCGGACACCUUUGUGGCCCUGUCAGGGCUGCUGCAGCAGCUGGGGGAGGAGGAUACAGUGGACGUAUUCCACACGGUGUGCUCGCUGCGCCUGCACUGGCCCCUCAUGAUCCAGACCCCGAGCCAGUACAUCUUCCUGCACGGCUGCCUCCUGAGCAGGGUCCUGGAAGGGGCCCCCCGGCACCUCUGAGUACGUGCAGCACCGGGAACCUGGCCCGGUGCGGGGCAGGGUCCCCGUCCCUCCCACCAACAGGCUGCCAGCUCCGUCCACGCAGGGCCGAGGAGACCAAGAGCGGGAGCUGGGCAGCCUCCGGCACCCCCGACGCGGCCCGCACCCCGCGCCCCGCCCAGGCCGCAGCCCAUCCCCGU